AGCCUCUGCCCCCAUCCUUCCCACCACCCCAGCUGGCCCUGUGACCCUGGAGCAGGGUCCCUGCUUCCAGGAUGGGCCGGAGUUUGAUUUCCAGGAAUUCAGGCAUACUGUCGGUGAUUUUAUAUCUGAUGUAUCCAGCUUAAUGUCGCCACCACUGGACUGUACUGACUAUGAUUUCUCACUUGGUGAGGAGGUGGGUUUUAGCCCCUGCACCCCGCAGCUGCAGAGCAGUGCACUGGUGCAGGUUUCCCCACAGAACCUGUCUUCCCCUGAGCCGUGCUGGAGGGACCUGGCAGACCAGCACCAGAAAGCACUGGGAGAUGCCCUGGAAGAAAACAGCCAGUUGCAGGAGACCCUCACACAGAGGCAGGAAGAGCUGCUGACACUGCGGGAGAACAACGUGCAGCUGAAGGAGCUGGCAAGUCAGGCCAGGCAGCUGGCGGCUGUUCUUGACACGCUGAUGCUCCCGCAAAGCGCCGACGGGACAGACCUUCCUCCUCUUCCUCCUCUUCCUCCUCUUCAUCCUCUUCAUCCUUUACCUCCUCCGCCCGCCGCUGCUGCGGCCGCCACCGCCGCUGCCCUGGCCGGGACCGGCCUGGAGGAUGCGGAGGGCGUGGACGCCAUGCUGCGGGCCGUGUCGGAGAAGUGUCGCGCCGCCCUGCGAAGCCUGGGGGGCAGCCCCCGGGGCAGCCCGGGACACAGCCCGGGAGGCAGCCCCACAGCCAAGCGCCCACGGCCGGGCCCGCGGCUGCACGGCGCCUUCCGCGGGCUGCGCACCGGCCGCGCCGCCCCGCGCCCGGUCGGCAGCGAGCUGGAGGGGAGCGGCAGCCUGCGGGCUGCGCUGGGGGAGGCGGGAGCCAUCCGCACCCUGGCCUUCCCGCAGGGAAACGCCUUCACUCUCCGCACAGCCGCCGGCGGGCACCGCUUCCGAUGGGUGCCGCGCUGAGCCCCCCGCCGCUCCGCGCACCCGUGUCCCGGGGCCUCUGCAGCCUGAGGCUGGCAGCGCACACCCGUCGGCACGCUCCCCGUUUUCUCUUGGAAAAGGGGUAUUCUCCCUGCUGCCGGAGAAGCGACGGGCUGGCGCGGCAGAGGCACCGUGCCUCAUCGAGGGUCCUGCGCCGCAGGCUUCGAACGCCGUGCCGCCGUGGCUCCUGGCCCGCAGCUUGCCAUCAGCAGCUUGCUAAUGAAAGUAGAAAUUAAACGAAGAUCUGCCCGGUUUUAUCCAGAGGUUUUAAGUCAGCUGAGCAGACAAGUGUAGCUGACAGGACAGCGGCUGGGGUUGGCCAGUAUGAAAGCAGAGUGAUCGUCCCAGAUGGUUAAUCACGAUGCAGCUGCUCUAUCGUGGAAUUUCACACCCACAAUGUUUACAAAGUGCACUUGUAUCAUUCAUGUGUGCAACUGUGUGUGUAUAUUUGCACUCAUUAUGAUGAUUAAAUGGUGCUUAAAAUCGCCGUUUUAUUUGUACAGAUUUACUGUGAACUUCAUUUUGCAUCAGAUGUGCAUAUUUACUUUAAUUAGAGCAGAGAUAGCAGAAAGCAUGUCUGACAGAAUAGAAUAAAACAUGCUACUUUUAACAUUAGUUAGUGGUACUAACUUAUGUAAAGAGAAAUGUAAAGAGUAGCAGAU